UGAACUAUUGGACUGUAAAUAAAAUCAUCAAGUUAUCACACUAUUUCUCAGUUAAUACCGAUCACUAUUAUAUCAUAAUAAAGGCGAAAUUUAUUGCUCUUUUAUUCCAUGGAAGAGAUAAAACCUACUGUAAAUGUUGUUCCACCUGAUAAAUUGGAUGUUGAACAGUCAAAGAUUGUUACAAGAACCACAAAUCCACCGUCUGCUGGAAUCACUACAUUUUCUUUGACAAAUGAAACACAUCAAGAAUUAUCACCACCAAUUCUUAUGGUGACAAGUCCAACUGAAAAUAAAAGCUACAAUAUGGAUCUAUCAUGUCCAACGAUCACAUAUAAUCCUCAGAAUAAUAAUAAUAAAAAUAAUAAAAAUUUGAGGGCAAGUUGUAGUAGUAGUCGGGGUGGUAGUAAAAUGUAUCAAUUAACUGUAAAUACUGAAGAUUCAAGAGGCUUGAGCUCCUUAUCAAAUAAAUUGAGACGUUACAGUGAUCAAGGUGGAAGUAGACCGUUGACAAAUGAUCCGGAUUAUUCUGCUCAAUAUAAACGUCAAAGUUUAUUCAAUAUUAACUCUGAGUCGAAUGUUCGUGAUUAUUAUAAUAAGAGUAGUCUUUAUCCUCCGACAAGAACAAAAAAUACUUCAUCUUCGAAUGUUGAUCUGUUAGCUGAAGCUAUAUUACAAAUGAGUAGUACAUUGAAAAAUCCUAAUAAUGAUUAUCCUUCAAAAUCAAAGAAUGACUGUCGUCGUUCCACCCUGGGAUGUGCUGCAACUAGCUGUUUUCCUCUGAAGCUUCAUUCUUCACAAAAACCAUGCGCUAUAAGUGAACAUAAAGAAUCACACAUUCCAAAAUGUUCACCAAAAGAACACACCAAUUCAUCAGCCUACACAAUGAAUUCGCUGCUUUCAGCUGCUGCACCAACAAAUUCUCGUAGAAACUCUGAACAAAAGUCUAGUUUUAAUCAAACAGGUGAAGAUUCUUUUAACAAAUCGCCUUGCAAAUAUCUAUCCAGUCAGCAUAGCUAUGAUGAACACAAACUGAAACAUAGUGAUGCUUGGACAAAUCAAAAUAAAGAAGGUGACCUCUUCAAAUGUCAUCCAGUCAACUUGGAUAGCAAUAAUAAUACUAACAACAGUAUACACAGUUAUGGACAAAAUCACCUCAUGAAUCCUGUAGCUAACAAGCAACACUCAGAUUCACCGAAUGUCAUCUCCUUAUAUGUACCAAAUUUACCUUUGAAAAAUAAAAGCCUUAGUAGUGAUGCUGAACUUACACAGAGGAUUCGACGUGUCUCAAUGAUGCUACAAAGUAGACGGGAUAGUACAAUACAAGCAGUUAGUCAACGCAGUGAUACUGCGAAUCAUGAUUUCACGAAUCUCGCUCAUUCCGGAUGUCCAACUCCUCUUUCAAAAGAAGGCGUAAAAGAUGAACACAGAAUGAAAUUGAGAACCACCUCUGUAGAGACUGACAGUUACUCAGGUAGUCCAGUAAAGAAGACUCGAAUCUCAGACCAGAUACAUCAAACGUCAGUUGAUGAGACUACAGAUGUGAAUAAGGAAAAGUUGAAAACUUACGAGAAUAGAAAUAAUUAUAAUGACAAGAGUAUUGUCUUUACAAAUAAGUAUAAAAGAGAACGUCGGCUGACAGAAAGACUAUCCAAAGGUAUUGGUUAUCAUCUUGGUAGAAGGCGUCGACUUCUUGAAAGUCGUCGGAGAAUGGCUGAUUUUGCAUUGGCUUUUAGUAUAUUUGGUAUUUUGGCAGCAUUCUUGGAUAUCGAGUUUAUUUCCCGUUCAUUGUAUAAUAAGAAUAGUAUCUACUCAAUGGUUAUGCGUACACUGAUCAGCCUUUCAACUGUCAUUCUUCUAUUACUCAUCAUGUUUUAUCAUACCUACGAUAUUAUGGUAUUUCUAUGUGAAGAAUAUACAAAAGAUUGGAGAAUUUGUGUUACAAAGUAUAGAGUCAUACAAAUAAUCACUGAAUUAUUUAUUUGCUCAAUUCAUCCAUUCCCCGGAAUUGAUUUAUUUUUUGAUCGUCCAUUCCCAGUGACUAAUUACAUAAAUUAUAAACGAAAUCAUCCACUACACCAUUUAGAUGACCACUUCAGUCCAUAUCUAUUGUUAAUUCUACCAAUGUUAUGUAGACUGUAUUUAGCUUUACGUGCAUUACUGUUACACUCGAGAAUGUUUAAUGAUGCUGGUUCCAGGAGUAUUGGAGCAAUGAAUAAGGUCAGCUUCGAUUUACAAUUUGUACUGAAAACACUAAUGACUCUAUGUCCUGCAAAAGCCUUGCUGAUCUUCAUUACAACAAUAUGGGUGAUAUUCAGUUGGACGUUAAGAGCAUGUGAACUUGAACAAGGAGAAAACCAUUUAAGUCUGCUGAAUUCAGCUUGGCUUAUAUCAGUGACAUUUUUGAGUAUUGGGUACGGGGAUAUUGUACCACACACCAGUUGUGGUCGUUUAAUUGCAGUCGCAACUGGUCUAAUGGGCUCCGCGUGUACUGCAUUACUAGUAGCGGUAUUUUCAAGAAAACUAGAAAUGACCAAAGCAGAGAAACAUGUUCUGCACUUUAUGGAAUCAAAUAAAUUAACAAAAAAGGUGAAACAUUGUGCGGCGAAUGUACUCAGAGAAACUUGGCUUUUGUAUAAAAAUGCUAAACUUAUGCCAACAUUUAACCCGCGUCGUGUAAGAGCACAUCAAAGAAAAUUUCUUCAAGCUAUUUAUAGAUUGAGAACAAUGAAGGUCAGACAACGAGAACUGCAGGAUAAAUCGAACUCACUGGUUGAUUUAGCAAAGCUUCAAACGAAUGUCUAUGAAAGAGUUGCUGAUAUUUCACUACGUCAAGAGGAUUUUCAAAAUCAGUUGACAAAUAUUGAAGAGAUGUUACAGAAUAUACAGAAGACGCUGAUGCAACGCAGACAAUCUGGUACCGUAGCCUUGGAUAAGAAAUAAACGUAUCAAUCAGAAAAAAGUAUUUGUAUAGAUUGCAUUCUUUGUAGAGUGAUAAUUAAAGCCCCAACUCCCUCCAGAAACACACACACAUACACACACAAACGUAC